CUUUAUAUUAGGCUAUUUUUCAAAAGUGAAAGUAGCCUUUUCCGAAGCGUGUGGCCGUGACACCGGAAAAGCCCGAGAAAAACGAAAACAGAGGUGAAAAGAACGACGAGUAGAACGACGAUGAGUUUCAGAGGACUUUGGAAGAACCCACAAGUUAGCAAGAGCGUAGGUGGCUUGUGUAGACAUUUCAGCAAAGUCAGUGGUCUUCAUGAUGUGGUCAUUGUUAGUGCUGUGAGGACACCCAUCGGUUCAUUUCAGAGCACCUUAUCACAGUUAAAGGCUCCUCAACUGGGGGCCAUUGCGAUAAAGGAGGCAGUCAAUAGAGCAGGUAUACAAAAAGAGGAUGUGGAUGAGGUGUAUAUGGGAAAUGUUUGCACAGCUAUGGAGGGACAGGCCCCCUGCAGACAGGCCACACUAGGGGCAGGUCUUCCAUUGUCCACUCCAACUACAUCUGUCAACAAAGUCUGUGCAUCAGGGAUGAAAGCUGUCAUGUUAGCAGCCCAGAAUCUCAUGUGUGGUCAACAGGAUGUUAUGGUGGCGGGGGGCAUGGAGAGCAUGUCCAAUGUCCCCUACUACAUGGCUAGAGGGGCCACACCCUACGGCAAAGUAGAACUCAAGGAUGGUAUAGUUCUGGACGGGUUGACAGAUGCUUAUGAUCAUUGUCAUAUGGGUAAUUGUGCUGAGAAUACAGCCAUGAAGUAUAGUAUCUCAAGACAGGAACAAGAUGAAUAUGCCAUCCGUAGCUACAAGUUAAGCCAGGCUGCAGCUGAGAAGGGGGUGUUCCAGAAGGAAAUCACACCAGUGGAGGUACCCCAGAAGAAAGGUGAUCCGAAAGUUGUAACUGAAGAUGAAGAGUACAAGAAAGUCAACUUUGACAAAUUUGCAUCUUUGAGAGCAGUAUUUCAGAAAGAUGGCACGGUUACUGCCGCUAAUGCCAGUACACUAAACGAUGGAGCAGGUGCCCUGGUGUUGAUGACUGCUGCAGCGGCCAACAGGCUGGGGGUCACUCCUCUGGCCAGGAUUCUGGGAUUUGCGGAUGCAGCCAGACACCCUAUUGACUUUCCAACUGCCCCAGCACUGGCCAUUCCUAAGGUGUUGGAGAUGACUGGGGUGAAGAAGGAAGAUGUAGAUAUGUGGGAGAUUAAUGAGGCAUUCAGUGUGGUGGUGCUGGCUAAUGUCAAAGAUCUGGACAUAGACAUGAACAAGGUCAACAUUCACGGGGGAGCGGUCAGCAUCGGUCAUCCUAUUGGGAUGUCAGGAGCCCGUAUCACUGGUCACAUGGUUCACAAUCUGAAGCCUGGUCAGAAGGGUAUGGCAGGUAUCUGUAAUGGAGGGGGCGGGGCUUCAGCCAUCCUUAUAGAGCGACUGUAGAUUGACAGAUGGGAGGCAAAUGCUGGUGACUGUGAUAUCCAGAGCAGCUUCUGAAAUCAUGUCAAAAUGUGUAACAACUGUAUGGGAUUACUACUCCCUUAAUGUCAGGCAAUGUAUGUGUAGUAACACCAUUGGAUCACUUUUGUUUAGUGUCUUACAGUAUUGUAAUAUUGAACCAUUUGUUAUAGCAUGUGGCUGUAAUAAAACGCUCACUCAAAUUAUCUUCCCCUGGUCUCUGACUAGAAUAUCAGUUAUUUUACAUAAUAUUGCACCAUUACAUCCAGAGUUUAAGUUUCUGUGAUUGAAUGUAAUGCAUAUACAUAUUACAUUGUACAUGUAAUUCAGCACACUAAUGUAAAAUUUGUGAUUCUAUCAUAGCCUUUUUGUUCAUUGUUCACGGAAACAGUAUCCGGAUACUAAUCAGAAAAUAGACAUUAUAUCACGAGGGUGUUAUUACAAUUAAUUCAGACUGACCUUACACACUUGUAUAUUUUUAAAUAGUUUGUGUACUGAAAAUUUUGAUAGACAUGCAGGGGAUGCAUCUAUAAACUUUUUUUCUGCACUGCAACUUCAUGACAGUAUACUGAAUGGUGAGCAAAAUAGAGAUGAUAAACAUUGAUUAUCAAUUUAUUUUUAGAAUCUUGAUAUUACAUUGUUGUUUGGUAUCUAGAUCACAGUACAUUAUCUACGUACUAAAGUACUCUAUUGUAAAGCUUGUGGAAAUGAAGUCAGUUGACUUUGCAGUUCAAAUUGACCACUGUUUUGCAUUCAUAUUUAUGACAGAUAUUUUGUUCUCAAGUCAGAAACCCACCGUCUUUAUUUAUAAAGCUAUCGGUAUUGUGGUUCAGAAAAGUGAAGCUUUGAGUCACUAUCAACUUCUACAAAUGGUUGCACUGUUUGGGAAUUGAAGAUUUUUCCUAGCUGUAUAUAAUGUUUUCCCUAUGCAGAGUUACAUGUCUUGUACUGUAAAUUUAACUCAUAUUUGUGACUGUACUAAUAAAAGGAGUAAUGGAUGACUUGA